CGCCCACAAUGUCUCUCAAGAACGACGCUUUUCCUUCCUCCGAGGCCUUUGAUGCCAUCAGCGCCGCUCUCAGCAGCAACGAGGCCGACCGCAAGGACGCCAUCAAGAACGGCAAGGCCGUCUUCGCCUUCACCCUCAAGAACAAGGCCGGCGAGACGGCCAGCUGGCACAUUGACCUCAAGGAGAAGGGCACAGUCGGCACUGGUGUUGGCGAGAACCCUACCGUCACUCUGUCUCUCUCCGACGAGGACUUUGGCAAGCUCGUUACCGGCAAGGCUCAGGCCCAGCGUCUCUUCAUGUCCGGCAAGCUCAAGGUCAAGGGCGACGUCAUGAAGGCUACCAAGAUGGAGCCUAUCCUGAAGAAGGCCCAGACCAAGGCCAAGCUGUAAAGGCGAGGCCACGCGCAUUAGCCAUGGGGUGCUGAAUACAGGACACAGGUGGAAACAACCAUUAAACGGCAUUUCUGUUUUAUUUAUGUAUCAUAUCACAUCUGUUGCUGCUACCACUGAUGUUACACUUUUUUUUUUUGUUCCCGCCGCAAGAGUCGGCUAGGGAUGGUUGGUUAUAGUGCCUUAUGAAUACUGGCAUAGACGAGAAUACCAUAUUCCAGCUGGAUCAUUUCCAGUCUGGAGUACUUUUUUUUCCUUUUCAAAAGAAUCAAGCGUACAUUGGAUAC